ACUGACGAUCGUACAGUAAGCUGUCAAAAGCUUGUUGCUUAAAUCUGUGCGGUGCUCCGAAGUGAGGACAGAAAUGAGGCCGGGUACACGGACGAAAUGACAAACUAUGCUCCAACGAACCGAGCCAGAAUCAAACGGGUCGUCGGCCAAACAUUUCGGCAGCACUUGACAUCUUGUUUUCGUUAGUUCAAGCCGGACUGUCGUCGUCCUCGUCGUCGUCGUCGUGUCGUGUCGUCCGAGCUGGUGCGUGUGAUCCUCGGUUCAUCCGUGAUGAUGAUGAGAUCACAAACAGGAAGUGCCUUCUAAAAGAUAUCCCUGACUUGAAGUUGGUCCAUUGUCGGCUUUUGCUUUCCGCCAGACUCAGGCACCGGCACCGGAUACCUCAGCUGCAAGCCCUUUGCCACCACUUUGCACAACAUCAGCACCUAGAAAAUGCUAAAAUAGAAUCAUUAUAUAAGAGACCUAAUAUAAAAAAAUACAGACCUGAGAAUGUAUGACUAAAGUGACACAUUUGCAUUCAAUUUCCCUGACUUGUCUGAUACGGGCACCAUUAGUUAGAUACACUUGAACGUGUGAUUUCAGAGUGAUUGACCACCAUCCGAUAUUUCUGCUCUGGCUGAUGGACGACUCACCCCGUUGUUUUAAUAGAGGACUUCGUACAUAAAGCCAACCUACAGCUUUUGGUGUAUGAGGCACACAAGACAAUAAAAUUGACUUGUAAUAAAAAAUAACCUUUGGACAUGGCGUUGAACGUUUCUUCAGUCCGAGACACAAAAUGGCUUACCCUGGAAGUCUGCCGACAGUUUCAGCGAGGGAACUGUUCACGUAGUGAUGAGGAGUGCAAAUUUGCUCAUCCGCCGAAGAGCUGCCAAGUUGAAAAUGGAAGAGUUAUUGCUUGCUUUGACUCACUGAAGGGUCGAUGCUCAAGAGAAAACUGCAAGUAUCUUCAUCCACCAUCACACUUAAAAACCCAGUUAGAGAUAAACGGACGCAACAAUCUCAUCCAGCAGAAGACAGCAGCAGCCGUGCUGGCCCAACAGAUGCAGCUCAUGAUCCCAGGACCGAGCCUGCAGCCCGUGCCAACAUUUCCUGUUACCCAGGGACUUGGCACAAAUACCGGUCUUUGUUAUGGUUCAUACAUGACACCGUUGAGUCAUGGAAUGAGCCUCGUCCCAACAGACAACCUUUCCAGCACCCCGGUUCUUGUUCCUGGCAGCCCACCCAUCACAGUCCAGAGCUCCUCUUCUUCGUCUUCUUCUUCUUCUUCUCCAUCGCAGAAGCUGAUGCGUUCAGACAAACUGGAGGUGUGCCGUGAGUUUCAGCGGGGAAGCUGCGCAAGAGGGGAGACAGAUUGCCGCUUUGCACACCCCAGUGACAGUCCGAUGAUUGAUGCCACUGAUAACACUGUCACUGUUUGCAUGGACUACAUCAAGAGCCGCUGCUCCAGGGAGAAGUGCAAGUAUUUUCACCCGCCUGCACACUUGCAGGCCAAAAUCAAAUCCAGUCAACAGCAGGUCAAUCAGACAGCCGUGGCAGCCCAGGCCGCAGCCGUGACUCAGUCGACUGCCAAAGCAAUGAAGCGAUCCCUCGAGGCAACUGUAGACCUGGCCUUUCCUCACAGUGUCCUACAACCCCUACCAAAGAGACAAGCUCUUGAGAAGAGCAGCUGGGCCAGCUCUCUCCUCAGCCCCAGUUUUUUGCACUACCAACAAGCUCUGGCCAACACACAGCUGCAGCAGCACACUCCUGCAUUUUAUCCCACAGGUUCUGUCUUCUGCAUGACGCCCGCUAACAGCAUCGUCCCCAUGAUGUACAGUGCUACGCCUGCUACUGUCUCUGCAGCCACUUCUCCCGCCACAAGUGUCCCCUACGCAGCAACAGCACCAGCCAAUCAGAUCAAACAUUUCUGUAGUCCCUCAUGCACAUAUACAAAACUAUGUCUAAACUACCCGCUGAUCAUCCUCAAGUAACGGCCAGGAACAGAAGUCAGUGCUGUGCUGCUGCUGUUAAAGACCCCAAACAACUGCUCUGUAAAUACUCUGUCCACAGCACACACGACCUACAACAAGCUGCAUGCUGACAACAUCACUGAUGUUUUAAGAAAAAGGUUAAAGACAUUUAAUUACUUUGAACCCUCCCAAUAAAUCACAUAGCUCCAUUACUAGGAUUAAUACUGCGUUAGGUAAGUGUCACCGAAGAUUAUCGUAUGUACGCGCCUUUGCACCUGCAUUAACACGCGUCCUCGGUUAUGUGCAUAAUAUCCUGGUUUCCUGUUUCCCAACUCUGACUCUCUGACUAUUAGGAGGCGUUUAGCCUCUUAAUGAGCUGGAAAAUUCAGCGUGUGCAGUUCUCAUGAAUAAAAAUGAACAAAUUCAACCAGGAAACACACGUGCAGUGCAGAUAACAACACCUUACUGACAUGGAAAUAAGCCGAAAUGAUGUAAUGUAAAUAUUAAUAAGAGGGAGAGACAGGCAUGACAGAUCUGAUCUGAAAUCAGUUUUCAUCGUGUACACCUUACAUGUUAAUACCAGGUGUAAAGGGGUCCUAUAUUGGAGAUUGUUCAAAUAUUUGUUUUCCUUCAUGAAUGUCUUAUGAAAACUAAGUUAAUGAUUGUUUAUCUAGUGCCAGAUUUCAUGAUUUUAAACCAAGUACUAAAACGCACUUCUUUAAACUUUAAACCACGUUGUAACAAACUCGUUUUAAAUGUUCUGAUAGUCCAUCUUUAUCGUUUAGCCUGUCGUCCCCGGAGAACAGGAUCAGUGCUCCACCUCCUGGUGUGCCUUUGCAUUGCAUGUACAGAGAAAAUACUGUAUAAUCCAUUUUCUGACUUUUUAUUUCAAGGCAGUGACUCAACAAUUAUUAUUUUUUUUUAAAUACUGAAAUGUCCCCCUCCGUUUGGAUGAUCUAUCACAGUGAUGUUUGACUUAAACGUAUCUGUAAGGGGCCCUUUUCACAAAGAUACUGCACUGUGGCUCAGGUCAAACUAACAGUCAGACUCCAGAAGGACGUUCACAUUGAUCUGUUGCACAAAAGCUUGAGUCAUUCUCGACUCUCUCUUCGACAGGACUAAUGGCUGACAGAAUAGCCGCAUUAAACCACUCAACAGUUACAAAGACUUUUACUUUUACUGGGAAUAUUCAGCAAGGAGCGUAACAAUACAGAAAAGAACCUGCAGUCGUACCUGUGGCAGAGCUGAAAUGUGGCGUCUUAAUGUGACAGCACUUCUGCAGUCUGUCAGUCUGACUCUCAAACAAAGAAAAAUGACUGACAGUGUCCUCACUGCUGUAUAUUUCCAGAAGGUUAUUUUAGUCUUUAUAGACUUGCUCCGCGAUAUUACGAAAACACAAAUUAUGAGGCAUGUUUUUCUUUAGUUUAGUGCCAUUUGUAAGUGUGGAGAUCGCUGAUUACUACCACGAAAGCAUCUUUUCUGAGUCUAACUUACAUUAAACUAAUCUAAGACUGGUCAAACAGUGACCUAGAACAUCUUUGUGAAACAGGCCCCGGUUAAGAUCUAACCAACCACGUUUUAAGACAUAACACGGUGUGGAAUUACUAUUGCUCAUGUUCAAACUGAAGUUGUUGUAAUCCUCUUAAGGGUUGAGCAGAGUAUUGUGUGAACUGUCAGUCUUAAUGUUACAGUCAAUUGUCAGUACUGUAUUAUUUGAAUGUUACAAGUGCCUAAAGAGUUGUGCGUACGAAGACGACCAUGAAUAUAAAAAAGGCUUUGCGUGAAAAAUCAAUUGAAUCUUCUUCACUUAAGUCACAUUUAGACAGAAACGUGAGCGCGUUAGUAUUUUGUGUAAGCCUGUUUAGAUUUAGUCUUUGGAUUCAUUUUCCCCUGAUGCUCAGACUUAUACUAUAAUAUGCAUAUAAGAGUUGAUAUCCGACUUAAUUUUAUUUCUUUUUUUUAAGAUGAUCACACAGUGUAUGACAAUGUUUCAUCAUUAGUUUUAUGCACAGUGAAAUACUUUAUGUAGUAAAGUAGAUCUUAAGGAGGUAGGCUCUUAGUUGUGUAUGGUUGAUGCCACAUUAUGCAAUUACCCGUCUUUGUUUGAAAAGUACAAGAGUGUUUAGUGCAUCUGGUUGAGAACAAAAAAAAAAAGAAGUGAUGGUUCCCUUGUAUACGUAACGUUCAUAUAAGUUUUAGUUCCCUGUUUUGCAAACAGUGUGUGCAACCUUUCCUUUAAUGUCUUUUCACGUGACUGAUUUUUAAUGAAAAUGUGUGUGUUCAACUUGUGUGUGAUUAACUCAGACAAUCCACCAAGAGGUUUUACUCUUUUUUCUUUUUCAUUCUUCUUUAUUUCAUUGUGGAAUAUUUUACACAUUGUUAUAUGUGUAAAUGUAAGAAGCAUACUUUACUAGUUUAACAUUAGGAGUAAAAAAAAACACUUGUACUCUCUUCUAUUUUAUGAUGAAUGUAAUUUAUUAAACUGACUUUAGGUCUGCUGGAGGUUCCUGAAAGGGCCUUGAUCUGUUGUAUUAGCCUAUGAAAAGCCGUCUUGUGUCCAAGGAUCAAAUGUCGGAGCGAAAACUUAAAAACAUUUCAUCCUUGUCACUGCCUUGUCACCUGUAAGGGACAACGAAAACCAAGGCCAUAGAAUCGCUUUCUAUGUACAAAAGUGCACUGUACAGGCCACAUUUGACGAACGUAACUUUCACAUUAGUGUAAUAAUAGUUUGUCAUUUAAUCGUUUUGAUGUGUCGCUGAGGCAAUCUGAAGUUGCAGUGAUUUAAAAACUGUAUUUUUGUAGGUGAUGAAAUUGUUUCUUUUCUUCUCCCAAUAACACAUUAGAUUGUACUGUCAGAUAUCCGACUUUAUUAUGCCAUGGUGUGAAACACUGUAAGUGAUCCAAGGCAUAGAAAUAUAUUUUGAAAUGUACAUUUUAUUUUUUGUGUUUUUUUAUGGUUUCCCACUGCAUGUUAACAUCUUGCAGUAAAAAAAAAAUAUAUAAUCCACACUCCAAACUCUCGCAGACAAAAGUCAGAUUGUUGUGAGUCGAUGGUUCAGUGGCUUUUAAAACCUUCAUUUCUUUAGGUUGUUAUUAGAUAUAUUUCUCUUAUUUAUUAUUGAUAAAAGGCAUAUAACCGAAUGUUUCUUUCACCUUUUUGGCAAAAAGGCUUGAAUGUCAUAGAAAAACAGCUGCACAUGGAGGCUGUUUGAGAUUUUGAUCACCCAGUCAAAAAGAUACAGACGGUGGAAAUGUUUAGUCUGACUGACUGAUGGAAAUAUUUCUUCUUGAAGCACUUUUCUCAACAGUCGGACGACUGAGAAGACGUGCUGCUUUUUGUGAACUUUUGCCUUAUCUUUGAUCUAUUGCUAAGUUUGUAUUUGUUCCAUUAUUAUGAAUAAAUUACAUUUCACCGAGUUUUUCUGUGAAAGUAUUGCUACACAAGUUUUUUUGUUUUUGUUUUAAGAAGAGGCCAAAACGACAGGUCUGUAAAAUAAAACCCGGACACCAUACUGAGAGCGUGAUUUCGAUUAGGACUGGCUGACCGUCUGGUUCCAUCUUGAAUAUGAACCUUUCCCUCAUUUUUAUUUGUGAAAAUGAUUUUUAUUUGUGCGCAAUUAAAACACUUCAUGUUGAUAGUUUUUUUUUUUUUUGUUCCUGUUAAGUCAAAAAUUGUGAAAUCUAAUAUUGCAAAUAAAUGUCAAGUAAAUGCCA